CGACGGAGUUUGAGGGUUGAACGAGCUGACGCUUUAAGCGAUGUAAGUUACAGAAACUACGCUUCCGACCAGUCUCGGGCGCAGAUUAGUCGUAAUCUCGGCGCAUUGCACUCUGCAGCCGUUUCCAUCCCCUUCCCGUCGGUCGAGACCUCACUACUACAGAGCUUUCCGAACCGUUACCUCCUCGCCGAACCAAGACGAACGUGUUGGGCGCACCUAAAUUCGCGUAUGUAUACACCAGGAGGUUACUGCUUCGUUCCUACGCCGCGACACAGACGGUGUAUUUGCCGCUGUAUCGCCGGUUUGAUUAUUUCCUGGAGGCUUAAGCCGCUACGUCUACGCUUUUCUGCGCGCUGGCUAAGGGUUACAACACGCGGCGAAGAUUAAACGGUUCUUGGUUUAUGGCUUCGUAGCCAGUCUUUAGGCUCGGUUUACCUUGGCUCAACAAGAUUUUCCGUCGGUUACUUGCUUCCUACCUUUUAUACGGCUGUUACUGAAAAUCGAUAGUUCGGUGAUCGUGAUCCAAUGCUCGGGAAUAACGCUUCAGUAGCUUAACGACGCACCACUGUGCGUGUAGUCGGUGAUCGUUAUUCUCAGAAUAUAACAUAAAAUACAUGCAACAGCUCGUAGGUAUGACGAGAACUAUAGCAACGAAUAUUGAACAAACUCCAAUCUGUUUUCGAAAGUUCUGCUUACGAGCGGUUUGGAUUGUUGCUUGCAUAUUCUAUUUCAUUUUAUCAAUUAAAAUGACGGAUGAAUUGCAAGAGAAGGUAGAGGGUAGAAGGAGUGACAGGAGUAAUGAGAAGAAUCCGAUAACUUUCGAUAGUAUCUGCAAGGAAGUUAUAUUGCGAGACAAAUUGUUCCGGCGCAAGUGGCCCAAAAGAUACGGACAUUUGACGGGUGAAUUUUUCAAGGAGGUGUUGGUCGAAGAAUGCAGAAAGGCGGGAUUUCCGGUGGACACUUUCGAACCUAAACCGCCGGAAGAUACGAUUAAGCGUUCACCGAUUCCACUGAAACCAUCGCCGGCCAUUCCCAGAACGACAUCCGGCACGGUGGGCCUGCGAUCAUCUCGACCAGAAUGCAAUCUCGAAUUUACAGGUCUCUGGUAUGUCUCACCGAAACAUACGAUUGAACCGCCACUAGAACCUGGUGAAUUUCGCGUCACGCGUCAAAGAUUCAUCUAUCUUGGUUGAGUGAAACA